AUGAGCCAAGUUGCUUGUUGCAGCCUCGCCAGUUUAGCUCAUCGCCGUUGUGAGACUGAUCAGCCUGAUGACGAAGCUCGCGUAAUGGAUGACGACAACGGUUACAUUCGCCAGCAUUCGCAAGAUUAUGAGAACAUGGGCAGGAGGACGGCAGCAAGCAAUGAGCAUUGCGAGACCGGCGAGGACCAGAAAGCAGCGCAAAAAGACUUGACAUCUGGAAUUGAAACCCAUGUCGAGACCCCGGAAAGAACAAAAGAGAAACUCGCCAAUGUCACGAUGCCUCUCGAGGUGAUGAAGAGCCUCAGGGACUCAUCGGCCCAAAGCCUCGGUGAGAUCCGGAAAAUGAAGGCAGCUCAAGACUGCUCCGAUAGAGUCAAAGCGAUCGAACGAUGGGAGAAAGUCCAUGACGAUAUCAACAGCGCUUACAAUGCAGUGGAACACCAGUACAAUGAAGCAUUGAGGGCACAUGGCACGCCGAAUCAUCUGGACGCAUUGUUGUUCGAGACCUGCGCUUUUUUCGUUUCAGCGACUCAAUUGUUGACCGACGCAUGCAAUGGCCUCAAAGCCGGAAUGAAGGAAGCAAAAGCAGAACUGCACAAAUCUGCAGAAAGAGGGACCUUCCUCAGAUCUGAAGUCGACAAAUAUUGGAAAUAUCUGGAUCAAGACGGUAUAUUGGAGUCCUUCAAGAUUCGCUUUGGAGAACUGCAAUUGACGUUGGAGAGACAAAAGGCGCUCACAAAGAGAGCAGGAGAUCAGGUGGACAAACUCUCGAACCAGCUGCAUCAAGGACGGGAACAGGGACGUCAAAUCAUCAAUGAGCUCAAGCGAAGCCGGGCUGAGAUUGAGCGCGUGAAGAAGUUCGAAAAGGACUAUCAGCAACUGAAAGUUCACGAUGUAAAACUGCGCCAAGCACAGGAAGAGACACGUAAAGUCCUUGCUGAACUCGACAAGGGCAGCGUUGAGAUUGAGCAGGCAAGAGAGAUCAACAAUGAGUAUGAACGACUGAGAGCCGAGAACGUGAAACUGCAUCGAGUCGAAACCGAGGUCGGCCGUCUGAGAAAGCAACUGAAAGACGCAGACAUCAAGGGUUUGAAGGAGCGCAAUCAAGAGCUGCAGACGCUAUUGCGCAAGGUCACAGCUGAGUCAAAGAAGUUGAACGACCUACCGGCAGACGAGCCAGACAUCCAGGACGACGCUGCAGAGGUGGACCUCGCAUCUGUCUCCUCUCGCAAAGCUUUCCCAGAAGCGGCGUUUUUGCUGUUACGGAAGCUGAAAGGCUCGAUCAACCGGCUCUGCUCGCAAGUCAAUGACAUGAAGGAAACACGUGGCGGGAACGGUUGGGGAAUCGCGGAGAGGACUGCUGGAAUGGUGACAGAAGCCAAAACCGAUAUGACGAAGGAUAUCAAAGAGUGUCUUGAGCUCCGGGACAGGGAAAUGAAGAGCCAAGCGAGAACCGAGGAAUUGAGCAUUGAGGAUUUUCCACCGUUGCCUGACGUCGCUGUGGAGAUGGAUGACAACGAGUUCAUGAAAGAGAACAUGAAGGUGAAAGGUAAGAAAGGCAAGAGUGUUGGAAGAGUUGAAUGA